AUGGCACCCGUCGCCAUCGAGUCUCCAGCGCCCGCCUUCACGAAGCGUGAUGGCCAAGCCCUGGAAGAGCUGUCCGACGCCAUCGACGAAGUCAACGUGCUCAAGGCCAACAUGAAAAACGAAAAGGGGCUGUACGAAGAGUCCGAGUUCGACAAGAGCAAAGACAAGACACAGUUCCGGCAGUACGAGGAUGCGUGCGACCGAGUCAAGAACUUCUACAAGGAGCAGCACACGAAGCAGACAGUGGCCUACAACCUGAAGGCGCGCCACGAGUUCCACAGCAAGACCCGCGCCGAGAUGACAGUGUGGCAGGCGAUGGAGAAGCUCAACACGCUGAUCGACGAGUCCGACCCGGACACCAGCCUGUCGCAGAUCGAGCACCUGCUACAGUCGGCCGAGGCCAUCCGCCGCGACGGCAAGCCGCGCUGGAUGCAGCUGACGGGCCUGAUCCACGAUCUGGGCAAGCUGCUGUUCUUUUUCGGUGCCCAGGGCCAGUGGGAUGUCGUCGGCGAUACUUUUCCCGUCGGCUGUGGCUUUGACGAGCGCAUUAUCUACGGCCGUGAAUCGUUCAGUGAGAACGAGGACUUUUGUCAUGAGAUCUAUGACUCCAAGUUCGGUAUCUAUAGUCCCGGCUGUGGCCUUGACCGAGUCAUGCUCUCUUGGGGCCACGAUGAAUACCUCUACCAUAUCGCCAAGGAGCAGUCGACUUUGCCGGACGAGGCCCUCGCUAUGAUCCGCUAUCACUCUUUCUACCCCUGGCACAAUGCGGGUGCUUAUCACGAACUGAUGGAUGACCAUGAUCGUGACAUGCUGCGCGCUGUCAAGGCCUUCAACCCUUAUGACUUGUACAGCAAGAGCGAUGGUAUUCCCAGUCUGGAAGAACUCAAGCCCUAUUACCUCGACUUGAUUGACGAGUACUUCCCCAACAAGGUGGUCAGGUGGUAG